AUGGCGGCUUCUCUGCAACUCCUCCAGUUCAAACCAGUGAGAUCCUUUCACUCAUUAUCGUCACCAAGGUCAACUUAUGUGAGGUGUUCCGCCGCACCCCCUCCUUCGAAGUCGCCGCGUUCCUACACUAUCACUCUCCUUCCCGGCGAUGGUAUCGGCCCCGAAGUCAUCUCCGUUGCCAAAGACGUUCUUCUCCUCGCCGGUUCUCUUGAAGGGAUCAAAUACGAGUUCCGAGAGAGGCUUAUGGGUGGAGCUGCGUUGGAUGCCACGGGAGUCCCAUUGCCAGAUGAGACCCUUUCUGCCGCCAAGCAAUCUGAUGCUGUUCUGCUUGGUGCUGUCGGAGGUUAUAAAUGGGAUAACAACGAGAAACAUCUCAAGCCAGAGACUGCCUUGCUUCGGCUUCGUGAAGAGCUUAAAGUCUUUGCAAAUCUGAGACCGGCGUCUGUAUUUCCUCAGUUAGUGGAUGCUUCAACUUUGAAAAGAGAGAUUGCUGAAGGGGUCGAUCUCAUGGUUGUAAGGGAACUCACUGGAGGUAUCUAUUUUGGAAAACCCAGGGGAUUUGGCACCAAUGAAAAUGGUGAAGAGAUUGGUUUUAAUACUGAGCUUUAUUCUGCACCCGAGAUUGAUCGUAUAGCUCAUGCUGCAUUUAAGAUUGCUCAGAAGCGUCGUAGGAAACUUUGCUCUGUUGACAAAGCCAAUGUACUAGAGGCUUCAAUGUUAUGGAGGAAGAGAGUUUUGGCAAUAGCACAAGAAUAUCCUGAUGUUGAACUCUCAAACAUGUAUGUUGAUAAUGCCUCAAUGCAACUAAUUCGAGAUCCAAAACAGUUUGACACCAUUGUGACAAACAACAUUUUUGGCGAUAUAUUAUCAGAUGAGGCUUCAAUGAUCACUGGAAGUAUUGGGAUGCUUCCUUCUGCUAGCCUUGGGGCUCCGGCUUCGGGACCUGGACUUUUUGAACCCAUACAUGGUUCAGCACCUGAUAUUGCUGGACAGGACAAGGCAAAUCCAUUUGCUACUGUUCUUAGUGCUGCUAUGCUUUUGAGAUAUGGCCUAGGAGAAGAAAAGGCAGCUCAGAGAAUAGAGAAUGCAGUGCUGGACACUUUGAACAGGGGAUUUCGAACUGGCGACAUAUAUUCUGCUGGAACAAAGCUCGUGGGAUGCAAAGAGGUAGGUGAAGAGUUAAUGAAGUCAGUGGAAUCGAACGUUCCUGCUGGUGCUACAGUGUGA